AUGAAGGGCUUCAAGCUCAUCGCAAAAAGGGACUCCGAGCCCGAGCCACAAGACCCCUCACCAGCUAUUCCGAUCAAGAUUAUUAGCGAUCAGGAGCCCACAGCAGGACCUGCAGACGAUCCUGACCCAACUCCGAGCGGGAGGCGUGUUGAUGAAUUCUACCCAGCAUGGGACAAAUUCCUGAACGAAAAGGUUGGAGUGUAUGGAUUUGUCUUCUAUCGAGAUGGGGAGUGGAUCUAUGAAGUGAUUGACGACAAGCUCUACCUCCGUGUUGGAGAUGACGAUAAUCUCGAUGUCGUGAGAGACUGGGACAAAGAAGACAAGGAAGGGCAGUAUCUUAAUUACGACGAGGACAAGCUUAAGGAAGCGUUGCAGAGAGGUGGUGAAGCAUUAUACUUCAGCCACUGCAAAUCUAACGAGACCUGGUUGCCACUGAUCGAGAAGGCAUAUGCCAAAGCGCACGGCGAUUACUAUGCCAUUGAGGGCGGCUUUGCCAGCGAGCGUAUCGAGGAUCUGACGGGCGGCGUUGCGGUAGUUUUGAACCCAGAAGACAUCAUGGACAAAGACCGUUUCUGGAGGGAACAGCUCUCACAGGUCAACAAGAAGUACCUCUUCGGCGGCGGAUCAAAACCCUCGAGCCCGAAAGGACUAAUCAGCGGGCACGCCUGGACGGUUGGGCAACAGUGGUCCUGUGUGAGCGUACCGUGGACUGUGGACUACAUGGACACCAAGUUCCAGUUCACAAUCUCCGAAAAUGGCCCAGUCGUCAUCGUCUUAGCGCAGCCUGACGAUCGCUAUCUCCACGGCCUGCGAGGAAGAUACCUACACUCCCUCCACUUCCGCGUGUACAAGCAAGGCGAAGAAGAAUCUCGCUGGAUUGUCCGCAGCAUGCACAACUCCGGCAACGAAACCGUCUUCACACGUUCCGUGUCCGCAGAAAUCGAAGAUCUGGAGCCCGGAACUUACGAUGUCAUUUUCAAAAUCACAACCUUACGCACAAGCCAAAGGACCGCGGAAGAAAACAUCACGAAAUACGCCAUCGACAGGAAAGAGAAACUUUUACACGUCGGUCGAAGAUUCGAUUACGCUCAAAGCAAAGGUGAUCUUCGGGGUAUGGAGAAAUAUAUGCGCAGAGCGAAGAAACGUGAGCUCAAAGAUAAACGGAUCACUGCGUUUAAGAAAGAUCGGGAGAUGAACCGGAAGUUGAAUGAUAGAGCUCGAAAGCGGAAACAGAGGAUUCAUGAUGCGAUGCGAGGGAAGAGGAGGGAAGUUCGGGAGAGAAUGAAAGCUAAGAGGGGAGAGAAAUGUGAGGAUGAGAGGACUUGUGCUCAGAUUUCUACUGGUGAGAAAAUGGGGACUCAGGCUGGUAGUAUCGUGCAAAGUAAGCUGGAAGAGGAUCCGAGAGCUGAUGUGGCGCCUAAAGAGACGGUUCCUGAUGGUGCUGAGAAGGCUGAUGUGGUCAUGAACGAACCAAUCGCUGAUCCAAAAGAAAAGGACAACUUGAUCUCCGAACUCCAAAACCUCGAACUCAAAGACGUCGACAAAUCACUACCCGAUCCUACUCUUUCCCCCCUCCACCCACAAUCUGAAAACGAAGCCGAAAACGAUUCUGAGCCCGAACCUUUGGAGGAGUUGGAUGAUGAUGAUUUCCCUUGGGAUUCGGAAAUCGAUGGGCCUGUCGAUACAAGCUCUGAGGAGGGAAACGAUGAGGAUUAUGGUCCAGGAAUUUUCGAAGAUGAUCCUUGGAAUGGGGUUGUUGUGCUGGGAUUGAGGGUGUAUUCGAAGAGUAGAGAUGUUGAGGUUAGGGUUGUCAAGGAUGAGGAGGAGGGAUAG